GUGCUGGUGGCUGCACUAUGGGGUGGCACGCAGCCACUGCUGAAGCGGGCCUCCUCCGGCUUGCAGCAGGUGCAUGAGCGGACAUGGGCCCGGCAGCUGGUGGGGGAGAUGAAGGCUCUCUUCUUGAAUACUGAGUACCUGAUGCCCUUUCUCCUUAAUCAGAGUGGUUCCCUUCUCUACUACUUGACGUUGGCAUCAACAGAUCUGACUUUAGCUGUGCCUAUCUGUAACUCUCUGGCCAUCGUCUUCACACUGAUUGUUGGGAAGGUCCUUGGAGAAGAUGUUGGUGGAAAAGGUAAGUUGAGCUGCUGCAGGUCAGGGGAUGGUGCUUGGGCCUUGGCAUGUGUGAGCAUUUCCUGCGAUCCUGUCUCCCACGGGUGGGAGAGGGAAGGUCUUCCCUUACCUUGCCCUUCAUCCUCCAACAGCUCUCUGGCUUGCUUGUGGCCAUGUUUCCUUUCCCUGGGCAAUGUGGGGGCAGAGGCUGGGAUGGAACCAGGACCCGGGGUCACCAUCUGGGCCUCUUCCUCGGCCCGCUGACCUGGCCCCGUGACGUUGUCUUUACCUCAGGAGCCGCGGCUGGCAUGGUGCUCGCCAUCGCAGGGGUCACACUGUGCGUCUCAAGCUCGGUGAUCAAGACCCAGGGCCAGCCCUGACCCUCAGCUCCACUGCGCUCAGCCGACAGUGCUAGGCACUGAGGUGCAGGCCGUGUGAUAGGCCAGCUCGCCUCUCUCACCUCAGAUCACAUCUACCUCGGCUGACAAUAAGAAAUGCACUGUCCAGAGUGCCUUUCCAGAAUAGCCACGGCGCCACAGAAAUCCAAGAGGACAGCACUGGGGCCAGGCAUGAAUGUUCUGUAACCUUCAGUGGGGUCCACUGUGGAGAUUGAGCACUGGGGCCAGGCAUGGUGGAGCACUCCUUUAAUCCCCCCACUCAGGAGGCAGAGGCAGGCAGGCUAACCUGUUUACAGAGUGAGUUCCAGGACAGCUAGGGCUACGUAGAGAAAUCCUGUCUUGAAAACCAAAAAGAAAAAAAAACAUUCAAAGUAUUUAGCACUGGAGACUGUACAGCCACCCUCAGCUGCCUCUGCCCCAGCAGCCAUCUUGUCCUCCUGCUGCCACCGCAGGCAGCUGUUACCCAGCCUGCAUUACCUGACCUGCUCUAGACUGUCCGCAUCCACACAGCGCCUCCUACGUGGGAAGGGCUGCUGCAGUCUCAACCAGGAGUGUCUGGGAGCCUCCAAGCUCCCUUACAGUGCUUUGGCUGACUGAAGGUGGGAUUCAGGGAGAGGGGUUACGUCAGAGUGUCAGCUGGAAGAAAACCAAGCUGGCCCUGGGUAAAAUGCUCAACUGCCGGCCCCUCAAGUAAGUAGACUGCUGUGGCCAAGCAGCACCUAGCUGCAGCAAACAUCUGGCCAGUAGCAGCUCUCAAUAAACGUACAACAAACAAA